AAUUCCAAUACGCAAAAUGUCACUGUCACUUACGUCAAAGAAUUGUUUUCGUAUUUUACAUUGAGAAAUUGCGAAUUUAAUUGUGAACUAUUGUACAAUAUUUACAGCCUAUUACAAAACCGUGUUAUUCAUUAAAAAUACUACCGUGUACGUGUAGAUUUGGACUAGUUAAAUCAACCAUUUGUUACUACAAGUGCGUCACAAAGGAAGCAGUAGUGGAUUAUAGUAAAUCAUAUCUUUAUUUAUUGUAAAUCAUGGCUACUUCAGACUACGUUGCUACAUUAAAGAUAUUAGUGAUUGGAGAAAGUGGCGUGGGUAAAUCCAGCAUAAUACUGGCGUUCACUACGGGAGACUACAAUGCCUCGUUCCCGGCCACAAUCGGAGUUGACUACAAAUGUAAAGUAAUGGAUGUCAACGGUGUUAAGGUCAAACUCGGUAUUUGGGACACUGCUGGACAGGAACGGUAUAGAACGUUGACAUCGAGUUUCUACAGAGAUGCUCAUGGUGCUAUUUUAGUUUACGACGUGUCAGAACCAAAGUCUUUAGCAAAACUGAACGAGUGGGUCGAGGAGUUACAGGUGUACUCCACUAAAAAGAACAUUGUCUGUCUAGUGGUGGGCAACAAGAUCGAUAAGCAAAAUCGCGCAGUACAAAGAGAACAGGGUCAGGCAUUUGCGCAGAAGCACAGAAUGCUGUUCAUCGAGAGUAGUGCUAAGACACAGGAAGGCAUCAGCUUGGCUUUUGAAGAACUUGUACAGAAGAUCAUAGAGACACCCGGUCUCUGGGAGACUGGAGGCUCCUCAUCCAACAUCCGCAUAUCAAAUGAAGAGAGGAGACAACAAGAGGAGUCGUCAUGUUACAACUAUACUUGCACCAUUUAGAAUUAGCUCUUAUACUGGCCUUCAUCUGAAGAUUUUUUUUAUAAUCACAAGGACUUGACAGGUCUUAGCAAAAGGCUCACUAGUU